UGAAUUUUUUUGUUGAGUUCGUGAUCCAUGCUUCUUGCUGAUUUCCAGAGUGAAGUGUUUUUUUUCGAAGCGUUUAGAGAUCGGCGACGCUGCGGCCGCGGCGGCGAAUCGGAUCUUUCGACUCAGAAUGGCAAUGCCUGAUGCGCUCGAUCGAUUUGCGGUUCCUUGCCUUGAAGGAUCACAUGGCAGUGAUGGAAGAAAUGAAAAGGAAUCAGAGUUUGAGAUCUCAGACGAGGAAAGGAAGAAUAGAAUUGGGAUGUUGAAGAUGAAGGCCUAUAAAAUGAGGAAUUCGUUUAAGAAUAAAAGCAGGUCAAGAAGUGAUUUUGGAACUUCUGUUUUCUUGGAGGAUGGUCAGGACACCCAAGUUGUGGAGGCUGUGAAUGCUUUCCGAGAAGUUCUGACCAUGGAGGGUUUGCUUCCUGCAAGGCACAAUGAUCAUCAUGAACUGUUGAGGUUUUUGAAAGCCAGAAAGUUUGACAUUGGGAAGGCAAAACAUAUGUGGCAGAACAUGCUUCAAUGGAGGAGAGAUUUUGGGGCUGAUACUAUUAUGGAGGAUUUUGUCUUCACAGAAAGAAAUGAAGUGCUGCAAUUCUAUCCCCAAGGUUAUCAUGGUGUAGAUAAGGUGGGGAGACCAAUUUACAUUGAAAGAAUAGGAAAAAUCAAUCUGGACAAGCUUUUGGAAGUGACUACCCUGGACCGGUACAUAAGAUACCAUGUCCAGGAGUUUGAGAAGUCUCUCAGUAUUAGGUUUCAUGCCUGCUCAAAAGCUGCAAAAAGACAUAUAGAUACAAGCCUUACAAUUUUAGAUGUUGAAGGAGUGGCACUGACGAACUUAACCAAAACUGUGCGAGAAGUUGUUAUGCAAUUACAGAAGAUUGAUAAUGAUUUCUAUCCAGAAACACUUGGCCAAAUGUUCAUCGUGAAUGCUGGUCCUGGAUUCAGGCUCCUCUGGAAUGUACUCAAGCCUUUUCUCGACCCUGAUACUACUUCCAAGAUUCAUGUUCUUGGUAACUGUUACCAACGCAAACUACUUGAAGUUGUUGAUGAAAGGGAGUUGCCGGGUUUUUUAGGCGGUAGCUGUACUUGUACUGAACAUGGAGGUUGUUUGAGGUCAGACAAAGGGCCAUGGAAAGAUCAAAACCCAUCAGAGAACCAGUAGUGAAGAAUCAAGAUCUGAAGCUACGGAAAGAAGACAUUAUUUCUAACCUAUCUGCUCCUGCUAAGUCCAUUUACAGGUCCAAAACCUGUUUUCAAAUUUGUAGCAAGAAUGCAAGUAAUCUAGUAUGAAGAAGAUGAAAAUUUAUAACAAUGCAAGGCCAACUGGAAAAAGGUGACUUUCUGUCAACCAUUCUUUUAUGCAUCAACAUUUUAAAGAACAGUAACAAAAAUUACUUUGUGUA